AUGGUCGCGAGAGGGGGUUGGUCAAUAGAGAGGAGAAGGGGACGCGAUGACGAUCCCGAUCGCGAGAUUUCAGGGCGACCAAGUGAAAAUUCGAUCGAGAGUGACGGUCGGUGCCCCAGGCCAAACCAGCGGAAAGAAGCACGGGAGUGGCGACUGGUGAACCGAGAACCGCGCUGUCGGUACGGGAAGAGGGCGGUUGAGCUGGUCGAGUCGAAUCGUGGAGGGACGAGGCGGAGAGGAAGAGGAAGAGGAACUCCAGGUGGAGUUGGCGCGGGCGCAAAGGCCGAGUCAGGAGAAUCUCAGGAGGAGCAGGAUGUUGGGAUGUUUGGGGAAUCGACGAUCUCUCCAACUGCACAACGCCUGGAAGCUCUGAAUCAGUAUGAAGCAAAUUCGAAGGAUGGCCCCGCCGGUCGCAACCCGCUGGUGGUGCGAGCCAUGAUCAGUUGGCAGGAUGCGGGAGAUGGGCUGGAUAUCCACGGGUCACUGGCCCAGAGAUUAUGGUCCGACACUAGUCGUUUGGGGAGGGGAAGAGAGCUGGACGACUUACUCGACUGCUCUGGAACGACCUGA